AUGAAUCAGAAGGCGGCUUCUGAGGCAUUUGAGCUAAAUGACAUGAUUAUGAAAGAACAGUCUGACAAGUUCAAUGUAUAUGAAGACUCAGUUGAAGGCAUCAGUGAGAUGUCAGGCAAUGCAGAGAGCUCAAUGAGUGAGAAGACUCACAUGAGACUAGAAAUUGCAAGACUUCAGCAUGAGGUUGAGCAAAUGAAGAUCAGUAGAGAUGACUCUGCAGGUGAUGAGAUGAAAGCAGACCUGGCAGAAUAUCUUCAAUGA